GAGCAAACCAAGAGGUUUUAGAAAAUGAAGUGGGAAGAAAUAACAUAAGUAUCAUAUUGUUGGGAUUGUCAAUUAGUUACAAGAAAAAAGUAAAGACCGCUUCGCCUUGUACGGAGUAACCAAGCCAACUUCAACCCCGUGCCGGAUAACAUUGCUCAGUCCAGCACCUAAUCGAAGAACCUGAAAAUACCUUACCUAUUUCUAGCUGCUAUACAAGAUCGCCAUGGUCUCCCAAAGAGACAGAGAGCUGCUGAGGAGCGAUGUUCGUGCCCGAGGCGUGAAGCUCAGCGCCGCCGAUCGCGAAAGCCUUCUGAAGCCGUAUUUGCCAGAUCCAUCCGACCUCCCACGACGACAGAACCAGCAACGCAAGAAUGCUCCUCGCAAGACUCCCAUCCGGUCCUUUCUCAAAUCACAACUAUAUCAACUCACUUACACGCUCAUUCACAUUUUCUUCGGAAUCACGGUGCGCCUCAUUCAGACCUACCAUGCUGUCGUGGACCGCAUUUUUGCCAUCGUUUAUUACCAUCACCGUACUCCGGAGUUGAUCCAAAAAGAUGUGAAGGGAUUGAAGCGCAUACCAGAACAUUUGAGUGUCAUUCUGACAUUGCGAAAGGAAGACGAUGCUUUGGUUGUGUUGAUGGACGAGGUGGCAGAGCUCGCUGCCUGGAGCGCAUGCUCUGGGAUCCCCGUAUUGAGCAUCUACGAGAAAAGUGGGGUCCUGAAAUCAUGCAUUCCUACCCUACACCAGGUCAUCACGAGCAAACUUUCUUCUUACUAUGGCUCACCCUCACAGCAGCCAACAUUGCAACUCUUUGCUCCCCAUCACCCAGUAUAUAAUGUCUCCGAAAAUGGAACUUCAACCAAUAAACCUAACUCCAGACCCCUUACUAUACUCCUUCUGUCCUCUACUGAUGGUCGAGAGACGUUCGUGGACCUCACAAAGACGCUGGCGGAGAUGUCACAGAACGGUAAAUUAUCACCUGAAGACAUCACCAUGGAACUGGUUGAUGCGGAGAUCAGUGAGAUCACGACACAUCCCCUCCAGUCAGCUGCUUCUACCACUGCCGACAGCCAGGCGCAUGCUAGUGUCAUUUCUCUCAAGCCUGAACCUGACCUUCUCUUGGUAUUUGGGCCUUUCCUUAAACUGGACGGAUAUCCACCUUGGCAUAUUCGACUCACGGAGAUGUUCUGCACGGGUGACAAGAAUCAUGGAGCUACUGGCUAUGGUGAGGUAGUUGAAUACCAAGGGUUUAUCAGGGGCUUGUGGCAUUAUGCUGGAGCUCAGAUGAGAUUCGGACGGUAAAAAGUUGGUGUUUAAAAGCAUACCCUGGUCGACCUUAUCAUCACCAGCCCCCGAUCAUCGAACGAGAGGAGGAGGGGGGGCGAAAGGCUCAUUGCUAAGUGUGUAUACCUAAUCAGAAUAUUAUUACUUGCAUAAUUCAUCUCUGUAUUUUGGUUUCAGGCAUUAAAAUACAUGCACAACUUUACUGAUAUCUAAAGCAGGGUUCAAACUCCCGUGCCAGCUGAGCAGGAGUAUACCGGGAGAUUAUUGAU